AUGCCUUCUGCCCAGAAUAUUGACGAGUACAUGGUGCUGCCCAAGGAGCCUCCGGCGCUCAACAUCCCGUCCUCCAACUCGACCGUGUCGGUCAAGAUCAUCGACAGCACGUCGUGGAUCGAAGCGACGUUGGGAUCCUUGUUCGGCCCCACGAUACCAGGCCACGACAAGCUCGCGUGCCCGGCGUUCGCGUUCUUGAUCGAGCAUGAACACUUGAACCGCAAGAUCCUGUUCGAUCUGGGCACGAGGAAGGACUGGGAGAACCUGGCGCCCAGCAUCGUCAACACGAUCAAGGCCCACAAAUGGGGUGUGGCGGCGGAGAAGAACGUGUCGGAAAUUCUGAGCGAGAAUGGCGUGGCGCUCGAGAGUAUCGAGGGCAUUAUCUGGAGUCACUGGCACUAUGACCACACGGGCGACCCGAGCACGUUUCCGCCCUCGACAAAAUUGAUCGUCGGUCCCGGGUUCAAGGAAGCGCUCAUGCCCGGGUAUCCCGUGAACCCAAAUAGCCAGGUGCUGGAGACGGACUGGAAAGGGCGCGAAGUUGUCGAAGUUGAUUUCUCCGCGUCAGGCGACCUGAUGGUGGGCAACUUCAAGGCCAUGGACUAUUUCGGCGAUGGAUCCUUCUACAUCGUCGACGCGCCGGGUCACGCCGUCGGCCAUGUCUGCGGCCUCGCGCGCGUGACGCCUGACACUUUCGUCUUCAUGGGCGGCGAUGCCUGCCACCACGGCGGAGAGUAUCGUCCCACCGAGUACCUGCCUCUUCCUAAGCAGAUCCCUCUCGACAUCCCCAGCGCGACGAGCAGGAUCAAGUCAAAGGGCGGGUUUUGUCCCGGUGCCGCCUUCUGCGACGUCUUCCACCACGGCAAACCCAACAAGGAAGUCUACAUGCUCACCAAAAACUUUUCCCACGACACCGACCGGGCCAACUUGACCAUCAAGUACCUCGAGGAGUUUGAUGCCGCGGACAACGUCUUUGUCAUCAUUGCCCACGACACGGAUCUCCUCUCCAAGGAAGCCGAGAUUGUCUUCUAUCCAAAUGGCACGCUGAAUGAUUGGAAAGCGAAGCGUCUGGACGAGAAAGCAAGAUGGCUCUUUUUGAGGGAUUUUGCCGAGGCGGCUGACAAGGGUCUGAAGCAGGAGUCGGAAGUAGGCGAGGGUAUCGUUCUCAAGCCUUGA